AUGGCAUCCGAUUCAUCUUCCAACGUCGGUACUCCCGACCGAGCCAACAAGAAGGCCGACGCUGGCACUAUUGAGUCGCCUCUUCGUGAGACUGUCACCGCCCGUGAGUCCAAUUCUGGCACUGCAUUUACCACUAUUCCCCCUAACCGCGACAACGCACUCGCCGAAGUGAGCGGAAACGUUGCUCGAUCCUCAUCAGUCAACGUCCCGACCACGCCCACCCCCGCCGCGGCGCGUUCCGGCGCCAUGCGCACGCAACGCCGCCAGGGCCGCCAGGGCCGGCACAACCCUUUGGCGCGUCCCGUUCCCAAGAAGAAGAACACCAAGAAGCAGGACAACGAGAACGCCGCCCCGCCCGCAGCGACCAAGGACCAUGAUCGCCACUCGGACAGCGACUACGACGAUAGUCUCGACGGCGUCGAAGCUGACGUGGAUGACCUGGUCGGACCGCACUCCCCGGACGGCGCAGCCAACUUUUGGGAGUCCCAAAUCCCCGGCCUUCUAGAGCAAGUGAAGACCAUCGCUUGCGGCGCAAAUUCAGUGCGCGGUAUUCACGAUGACUCUGAGGAGGGAUUGCGUUUCAUGGCUAGAGGUCUGGACCUCGAGUAG